AUAUAAACGCGCUCCCGCGGGUUAGGCUUGCUGUGAAGGACGUCGGGACUGUAGGGAUUAGGCGGGCCGGCGGGACAGUCGGGAGAGCAGCAAGGAAACUGAGGCGGUCUAGAGUCCCGCACGACGAUCCCUCGCUCAGUCCAAAGGCAGUUUGGGGUUUGGCGCAAAGAAAACCAGGGUCGGGCUUUUCCUCGAAAGCCGUCGCCCUACUUUUGGCUUCCCAGGACAAAGAGCCCAGGAGGACUUGCACGCUGGGGGCGCUGGGGCCGGCCAUGGUCAUGGAAGUGGGCUCCCUGGACGCCGGAGGCCUGCGGACGCUGCUGCGGGACCGCGCGGCGCAGUGCUUGCUGUUGGACUGUCGUUCCUUCUUCGCUUUCAACGCCGGCCACAUCGUUGGCUCGGUCAACGUGCGCUUCAGCACCAUUGUGCGACGCCGGGCCAAGGGCGCCAUGGGCCUGGAGCACAUCGUGCCCAACGCCGAGCUGCGCGGCCGCCUUCUGGCCGGCGCCUACCACGCCGUGGUGCUGCUGGACGAGCGCAGCGCCGCCCUGGACUGCGCCAAGCGCGACGGCACCCUGGCUCUGGCCGCCGGAGCGCUCUGCCGCGAGGCGCGCGGCGCGCAAAUCUUCUUGCUCAAAGGAGGAUAUGAAGCUUUUUCUGCUUCCUGCCCGGAGCUGUGCAGCAAACAGUCGACCCCCAUGGGGCUCAGUCUUCCCCUGAGUACUAGCGUCCCCGACAGCGCCGAAUCCGGGUGCAGUUCCUGCAGCACCCCACUCUACGACCAGGGUGGCCCAGUGGAGAUCCUGCCUUUUUUGUACCUGGGCAGUGCCUAUCAUGCUUCUCGCAAGGACAUGCUGGAUGCCUUGGGCAUCACUGCCUUGAUCAACGUCUCAGCCAACUGUCCCAACCAUUUUGAGGGUCACUACCAGUACAAGAGCAUCCCUGUGGAGGACAACCACAAGGCGGACAUCAGCUCCUGGUUCAACGAGGCAAUUGACUUCAUAGAUUCCAUCAAGAACGCUGGUGGAAGGGUGUUUGUCCACUGCCAGGCGGGCAUUUCCCGAUCAGCCACCAUCUGCCUCGCUUACCUCAUGAGGACUAAUCGAGUCAAGCUGGAUGAGGCCUUUGAGUUUGUGAAGCAGAGGAGGAGCAUCAUCUCCCCCAACUUCAGCUUCAUGGGCCAGCUGCUGCAGUUUGAGUCCCAGGUCCUGGCCCCGCACUGCUCGGCAGAGGCGGGGAGUCCCGCCAUGGCUGUGCUCGACUGCGGCACUUCCACCACCACCGUCUUCAACUUCCCGGUCUCCAUCCCCGUCCACCCCACGAACAGUGCAUUGAGCUACCUUCAGAGCCCCAUUACAACUUCUCCCAGCUGCUGAAAGGCCACAGGAGGUGAUCUUCACAACCCACCAGGACUCCAGGCUCCUUCUUGAAAGGGGAAAUGCAGUAACUCCAGGGAAGGGGGCUUGUGAGGGCUGGUCCUUAUUUAUUUAAUUUCACCCGAGUUCCACUGGGUUCCUGAGUGGUCGUAGUGAUGACUUAGCGCCAAGACGUUUGCUGAACUCAGCAGGUUUCGGGACCAACAUACAGUGGGUACAUCAAGUCCCUCUGACAAAAUGGGGCAGAAGAGAGAGGACUCAGUGUGUGAGUCGAUUUCUUUUUGCUUGUCCCUGUUUUCUGAAGACACUUUCAUGCUUGACAUACCUACCAGUAUUACCAUUCCCGACGACACAUAUACAUAUGAGAAUAUACCUUAUUUUAUUUAUUUUUGUGUUGGUGGUCCACCUUCACAAAUGUCAGUGUCUACUCCUAGAAGAACCAAAUACCUCAAUUUUCUGUUGUGAGUACUGUAAUAUCCUGUAAAUAUAGCCUAAGCAGGUUUGUUUUCAGCACUGAUGGAAAGCACCAGUGUUGGUUUUGUUUUGUUUUGUUUUUAAGUUGCCAACAGUUGUAUGUUUGCUGAUUAUUUAUGACCUGAAAUAAUAUAUUUCUUCUUCUAAGAAGACAUUUUGUUACGUAAGGAUGACUUUUUUAUACAACAGAAUAAAUUAUGGCAUUUCUAUUGAAA